AUGCGUCUUAUAAUCUUGCUGGUUGCUCUAAUUAUUUUGGCACUAGUCAACGAUGUACAUGUAUCUGCCGAUCAGAGUCCAAGUAGCACUUCCGAAAGGUUUCUUCGUGUUACGACCACUGCGGAUGAUGAAGCAAGGGGAGAUUUUUCACAGAUUAACUUAAAUCUAAUGAAGCUGAAUAACCGAUUCAAGAACAGCAUGUUCAAGAAGUGGGACGCCUACACAGUCGGGCAUAUCAGGGAAGUCCUUGACGUUCACCCACACAACAAACGCUGGGCAUCGCUGCUCUUCAGUUACUUAAACGACUACAAGAAGGCGGGAGGGGGAGCAGUCAAGCAUGUCAACAACGGAAAAAGGGUGCGAUUCUCAAACAAACUUAGAGCUCGCAUCUACUUUGAUUAG